UGCACUCAGACAAAGUCCGCCGCCGUCGCUGCUUUUAACUUUGGUUUCUUUGUCUUUUAGUUGCUCUCACGAUGAUUAAAACAUUUGUUUUCACCCUGACGGUUCUGUUCUGUGCUGAGCUGCUGAACGGCCUCCGCCACAGUUAUUUUAAGUCUAGAGAUCAUCGCCGUUUAAAAGAGGAUCAUGAACCCGUAUUUACAGAGAAGUACUUCAGUCAGGUGAUGGACCACUUCAACUUUAACAGCAUGGGGAAUGGAACCUUCAGCCAGCGAUAUCUGAUCACAGACAAGUACUGGAAGAAAGGCUACGGUCCCAUUUUUUUCUACACGGGCAACGAGGCAGACAUCUGGGAUUUUGCCCUAAACUCUGGAUUCAUCAUGGAGUUAGCAGCUCAGCAACAAGCUUUGGUCAUAUUCGCAGAACACAGGUACUAUGGUACGUCCCUCCCAUUUGGGCAAGAGUCCUUCACCAUCCACAAGAUCGGCCUGCUGACGGUGGAGCAGGCGCUCGCUGACUACGCUGUCAUGCUAACGGAGCUGAGGCAGCAGCUAGCAGCCACAGCGUGUCCUGUGAUCGUGUUUGGCGGGAGUUAUGGCGGAAUGCUCUCCGUCUACAUGAGACUCAAGUAUCCAAACCUGGUGGCCGGUGCGCUGGCUGCUGGCGCCCCUGUACUGUCAGCUGCUGGGAUCGGAGACGCCAGGCAGUUUUUCCGAGACAUUACAGCCGAUUUUGAGAACUACGCCCCAGAAUGCAGAGAUGCUGUGAGAGCAGCUUUCCAACAACUACAGGAACUUGCAGAACAACAAGAUUACAGUCGGAUCCAGUCAGAGUUUGCCCUGUGCGAGUGUCCGUCGUCUGCUGAGGACGUCCAUCAGCUGCACGGCCUGUUGAGGAACGCCUUCACUGUCAUCGCCAUGUUGGAUUAUCCGUACAGCACUCAGUUCAUAGGCAAGCUACCAGCCAAUCCUGUUAAGGUGGUUUGCAACACGAUGCUGAGUGGAUCGGACCUGCUGGCCAACCUCAGGAACUCUGCAGGAAUUCUGUACAACGGCACGGGGCAGCUGAGCUGCUUUGAUCUGUACCGCCUGUACGUGGCAUGUGCUGAUCCCACCGGCUGUGGACUCGGGAAUGAUGGCUUGGCCUGGGACUACCAGGCGUGCACAGAGAUCAAUCUUUGCUAUGAGAGCAACAACGUGACAGACAUGUUCCCCCCAAUGGCAUUCACCGAGAGAGAUCGUGAGCUUUACUGUGCCAAACGUUGGGCUGUGAUCCCAAGACCAGAUUGGCUCAAAACCCAGUACUGGGGAGACGCGCUCUCCACAACCAGCAACAUUAUCUUCUCCAACGGAGAUCUGGACCCGUGGGCGAACGGAGGGGUGCGGAGGUCCUUGAGUUCAUCGCUGAUAGCGGUAAACAUUGCUGGAGCAGCUCACCACCUCGAUUUGAGAGGAGCUAAUGCUGCUGAUCCAAAGUCAGUCAUAAUUGCCAGGAAGACAGAAGCAGAUCUCAUUGCACAGUGGGUGAAGAUGGAGAGGAUGAAAUUACAGCCUUAAAGUUCCAGAACUGGAAUGGAAACAAAGUCUGUUGUGGUUUUUAUGCACUCACAACUUUCAAGAACAUGGUUCUGGUGGGCGGUCAGAAAAAGCUGAGCUGUUAGCAGAAAUGGCUCUGGGUACUUCUGAAAGAACAAAUUCAUAAACCACAGUGGGGAAACAUUUUGCUGACCCAGCAAGUUUACAAAGUCUGCAUUUGAUGAUUUGUUUUAAUUUUUGUUUAUGGCUUGUGUUCAGCUCUUAAAACUGUAUUUUCCAAAUAUUAGUGCAGAGAACAUCUAGACCACAGCUCAAGUCUAAGAAAAAACUGAAGUUAACAUACAUAUAAACACAGUUCAAAUCUCGUCCAGCGUUUGAUACAUUCACGGGUGCAAAACGCCCGUUUAUAUACAGAUUUCCACCAAAAUGCCUUUCCCUUGUUCCGUUUAUUCAGUCAUGUAAAAGCACAGGGUUCUCUCCAGACAAUGGCACGUGGCUGCUGAAUGGCAUCAUCUUGCAACAUUUUAGCGUGACACUUGGUGGGAAUCUGGCCGUGCGCAAACUUUUUGCAGGGUAAAUUCACGCAAACAACUUCAGCUUUUAAUUUAUUCAGUUUCCAUCCAGAUGACACAAACCAUGACAAAAUGCAAGCGUUACACAAAGCCCGAUGAUUAGAGGACGAUCUCUGCAUUUUUUGUUUCGUCUUGGUGGCGACCACAGCCCGUGUAGCCGCUGAGGAUUUUUGAGGCUAACAACAAAGCUGCAGCCACUGAAAAUUCUUCAGGUACAGAGACACACUUUUAUUCUUUGAAGUUUUGCUGCAUUGUUUGCAUUCUUCUAUGUUUUAAAGGACGUGUCAUACUGAAGUCAUAACAUUUCUGAGUGUUUCCGACAGCGUUUCUUUGAGGAAAACGUCCCAGCACGCUUGAAUAGCACGUAGCUGCUAAAGAAACAGAGCCGCAGAUUAAUUACAAAGUUUCUAUAAGUGUGAUGUUGUGUUAUGACUACUCAUUUUAAGUGAUAACUGUGAGCAAACGUGGUAGCGUGCACGUCCAUUAAUCAUGAACGCAGCGUGAUAAAAACAAAGUUUGCUCGAGGCUCAGCUUUGUGCACACUUAUAAGUGUUAUCGAUAUAACUGUGAAAAAUCUAAAAUAUAUGUGUGAUCUCACAGCCUGCAAAACAGCUGAGAGGUCCGUGUGUACAGAACGUGAGCAAAUUGUAAAUCAUGCGGUGGGGAAUGAUAUGUAAAAAA